CAGAUGCUAAGAGAAGGUAUGAGUUUAAUGUCAAGAGAAUUCGCGUUCACCUCUUCCACGCUGUCUGCAAUCCAGCAAGUGAAGACCGUAGAAGAAACCGAUGUCCCAAACCGGUUGGUCUUCGAGGCUAUCAAAACAGUGGUGCUGGAUCGCGCAACACCAAGUUGGAUCCAAGAUGUAGAUUCGGAAACGCAAGCCGAACACGAAGAUGCAAUACUGCCCACUGGGAUAAACCUCGUGCGGUGUUAUUUCAAUACGAGGCCGAACGAACUGGGGUCUCUCCCAGGCGCUUACAGAUUGCGAGAUCAUCAGUUGUUGCAAAUCAAACUUUGGCCUGCUGAUGAGGCGAUGCUAAAUAUCUUGCACAAGGCUGGCACGGGCGUCAGGGAGCUACACAUGCACUGGAUCUACGAUGUUGGUACACUAGUUCCUGGUGACCAGCCGGUUGUUAGGAGCAAGAUUCUGGAUAAAUGGGUUGGUGAAUUGGAACGUGUGAAGGUUACAGUAAGAAGUGAGCCUAGUAAGACUUUUGCUGGGAGGAUGGCGACAAAUUUGGUGGAACGGACUGCGAAGAGGCUUGUCGGUGAGAAAGGCAAGGGUGAGACAAGUAUGAGAUGGAAGGAGAAGGAUAUAGAAGACGAUGGAGGGUUCAAAAAAGAUGAAUGCAAGAUGCAGACAAGCUUACUCAAAUUGAUACGGCGAUACUACUAUCUCGAUUCCAAGCAUGCGAACCAUAUAAUAUUCCGCCUUGCUCUCUCUUGUCGGUUACAAACCCGAAUGAAUCUACAGCCGAUAUCCGCGCUUACCACAAUCACUCGAUCAACUUGGUUACUCACAUCUCACUCAGUCGACAAGUCGACAACAGCCGCCUCAGCUGUAUUUCACAUCUGGAACAUAGAGGACGACAUGACUAGCAACAGGAACCCACCGUCUAAGAAGCGCGCUGCAUCACCAUCAAAAGGCAGUCAGACCUCCAAACGCUUACAAGUAUCAAGCAAAGUGUCUCGUCCGCCACUCUCGAAGAUCACCUCUCAGCAUGGAAACGCGCUUCUAAGUCUCCCUCGUGAGAUUCGAGAUCAAAUCUAUACGAAGGCUCUCGAACAACCACCUCCUACAUUUCGCGUGGAUGAGCUCAUGGUCAUUGCGACACACCAUUCGGAAGUUUCCAUCGAGGCCUCGGAACCAGUAUGUCGAGGUCUUCCACUCUGGAUGCUAUCUAGUCGACAGGUGCUUUACGAAGUCCUGGAUUUAAUUGCACGGACCUUCACUUUCCAGCCGCUUAAGCGGAUAACUGGUCCUGAAAGAGAACUCGCGGGAGCACCGAAUUCACUUAUUCUCACUAACGACGGCGUACGAAACAUCAAGCUUCGCUACCUGAACGACACCCCGAAAAAUUAUAUCCGCGUAGGAUACCUGAACAAUCUUUUCCUCAAGCUAAUAAAUGACUUGUAUCUCAAAAACGCGUGUUUGGAGCUGGUUUGGGGAUGGAGAAGCGUCCAGUACGCCUGGAUGCCGGACAGGACCGAUUGGUUCAUCGAUGCGUGGAAAGAACACUGGAAUGGCAGAUUCCGCAAAGUCAAGAUUGAAAUUAAGGUUGAGAAAGAUCUUGAGCAGAUGUGGAUCAUGGGUGAGGCCGAAAAGUGCGCAUUGAGGCUGAUUGGUACUGGUGGAUCCGUAUCUUGGACAACGCUAGACAGCAGCGAUGUUCAGUACUACAACAUGUACAGGAAGCCUACUCUCUUGCCACGCUAUGAGAGACGAUGUGUAGUUGCUGAGCGGAAGAUAUAA